AUGCCUCCAAAGUCACUUUUAGACGUCCUGAUCAUUGGAGCCGGUCCAGCCGGAAUAUCUUGCGCCGCCGCUCUUGCGCGCCUUCGUCAUACCGCUAUCGUAUUUUCCAGCAAUAAAUUCCGGAACGAAAAGUCUAAGCACAUGCACACAGUCUCUACAUGGGAUCAUCGAGAUCCUUCGGAAUUUCGUGCUGCUUCUCGAGAGGAUAUUCUGGCCAGGUACAAGACCAUAUGUUUUGAAGAUGUGGGCAUUCAAACUAUUGAGAAGGUAUCCAAGGAUGGAGAGGGAGAGGGGGAGGGGAGUGGUAUUUUCAAGGCAAUCGAUGAUACUGGAAAAGAUUGGUGGGGAAGAAAACUCGUUCUUGCUACUGGUGUGAAAGAUAUCAUGGUAGAUAUUGAAGGUUAUGAAGAAUGCUGGGCUAAAAGCAUCUUCCACUGUCUCUAUUGCCACGGCUAUGAAUCCUCUCCUGCAAAGUCAGCUGGUGUAAUUGCCAUUGGUGACUGUGCGUCACCCCAUAUAGCUCUUCACCUAGCUCGCCAGGCACUUCGCUUGUCUGAAAACGUCACAAUCUAUACGCACGGAAACGACGCCUUAGCUGAAGAAAUAGAAGCUGCAAAAUUUACGUCAAAUCCUGAUGUCAAUUCCAAGUGUCGCAGUAAAAUCGAAAUUUGCAAUUACUUGAUUCAGAAAUUCAUCCCAAGUGAUAAUCCAUCGUCUGGCCUCACUGUUUCUUUUGAUGAAAAUGAUGGAGCGGGACUGGGAGAUCAUACACACGCAUUCCUGCUUCACAAACCAGUAACCGAGCAGACCAACGAUCUUGCUCAUCAACUCGGGAUCGAAUUAACCGAGCAAGGAGAUCUUAAGGUCACGGCGCCUUUCAACGAGACAAGUGUAAGAGGGGUGUUUGCAACUGGAGAUUGUGCGUCAAUGUUAAAGAAUGUUGUAGGCGCUAUGUAUAGCGGGACUUGCGCUGGUGCUGGUGUUGGCUCUCAGAUUCAAGGAGAAGAUUAA